GCAGUCCAGGGAAUUUCCUUUGGGAUCCGGAAGGGAGAAUGUUUUGGCCUGCUCGGAGUCAACGGGGCGGGAAAGAGCACCCUCUUCAAGAUGAUCACCAGUGAGAUUCCUAUCACCUCUGGUGAUGCAUUCAUCAGUGGUUACAGCGUGACGAAAAACUUGAAAGAAACGAGACAGCGUUUGGGUUACUGCCCGCAGUUCGACGCCAUGUGCUCCAUGAUGAGUGUCCAAGAACACCUGGCAAUGUUCUCCAGGUUUAGAGGUGCCCCUAAGUCUAAAGUUUCUGAAAUUGUGCAAUGGGGUUUGGACAAUCUCGGCCUAAAAAAAUUCGCCAACUACUUGCCAGGUAAGUUAUCGGGCGGAAACAGGAGAAAACUGGCCGUUGCACUUUCACUAAUCGGCAAUCCGGAUCUUAUUUGUUUGGAUGAACCAACAACUGGAGUUGAUCCAGGUGCUCGCUCGUACGUCUGGAGAUGCAUCGCUAGUUCAACGGAAACAGGUCACGGAGUUUUGUUGACCACUCACAGUAUGGAAGAAUGUGAAUCGCUGUGCCACCGGCUAACCAUUCAAGUCUCUGGACGCCUGAUGUGUUUUGGCAGUCUGCAACAUAUUAAAUCUAAGUUCAACAAGGGAUACACAAUCCUGAUAAAACUGAAGAUAGUACCGAAAGCUGAGCAAGACAAAAUGGUUGAAGAGGUCACUAAAUAUAUAAGGUCGAAGUUCAAAGAGAUCGUUCUAGAGCAAAGAAAUUUUAACGUUCUAUCUUAUAACGCGAAGAUCGAAGCGUCAUCACUGUCCAAUGUAUUUGACAUGCUGUCGAAAGCCAAGAAGGAAAACUUAUUUGAAGAUUUUUCCAUCAGCCAGACUACACUGGAACAGGUU